CUAGUUGGAUCGAGGGGUGUGGUUCCAUGCUGUAUCGCCCCACCAGAGCGGCUGGUCCGUAAGAAGUGCAACUACGACAAGGCAAUCUCUUCCCGUACCCAUUCAAAACUGCAGUGUGGGUUGCAACUACCAGAUGGUGAACGGUCCAGCGGGGAAGUUGGUGACUUUGUGCAGUGUUUGUGGAGGCGGCUAGUCGGCGCUGUUGGGUCUUUGCCGGAGUCCCGGGACUCCGGCAAUCAAUCGUCCCGUCAUUUACAGGAGGCGGACGAUGGGCUUAGCAGCGGUCACGGUCAGCGCAGUGCCGCAGCACGUUCUGCAGCAUGUAGUCGGGAGGAAUCAUUUAGCAAGGAAAUUAAUGGGACUGGCAGCAACUUACGUGAGCAGUGCUCAAGAUUCUGGCCUUUCGUACCAAGCAGCAGUGUGCACUGAGCUGAAGAAACCAUUAGUGCUCCAGAAGCUGCCUUCACUUCCACUCAAACCCACUGAGGUGCGUGUGGAUGUUCAUUACUGCGGUGUGAACUUUGCUGAUUUUCUGAUAUGUCGGGGCCUGUAUCAGGAGCAGCCUCCAAUGCCCUUCACUCCAGGAAUGGAGUUCACCGGGUCUGUGCUGGAGGUUGGCCCCAACGUCACAGCGAUUUGCAAGGGAGACCGUGUGAUCGGUGUGAGUUCUACUGGGGCAAUGGCAGAACAGUGCGUUGUUGACCACAUGAUGCUGUGGCCCAUUGGAGAGGAGAUCCCCUAUGAAGUGGCCGCUGCUCUCCCAGUUUCAUACGGCACAGUGAUUCUGGCACUGCAGCACCGGGCAAAGACAAGGCCAGGGGAGACAGUUCUCAUUACAGCAGCUGCUGGUGCAGCUGGACUUGCAGCUGUGGAUUUUGCAUCCCAUGUUCUAAACACUAAGGUCAUUGCAGCUACUGGGACUGAUGAGAAGUGUGAACUGGCAGUGCAGAAGGGUGCUGUGGCAAGCAUCAAUUAUACUACAAAGAACUUGAAGGAGGAGGUGAAAAAGCUGACUGCAAACAAAGGGGUGAAUGUGGUCUUCGAUGCCGUUGGAGGAGACAUAUUUAAGGAUGCCUUCAGCAGCCUAGCCUGGGAAGGCAGAAUCGUGGUUGUCGGAUUUGCUGGCGGAAAUAUACCGUCUGUGCCAGCUAACCUUCUGCUUCUCAAGAACGUGGCAGCCAUGGGUGUUUAUUGGGGAAGAUACCAACAUCAAGAUUUCCCAGUCUUCUCCAGGUCCAUCAUGUCUGCAGUCCAGUACUGUCAGGAAGGAAGGAUCAAACCUAGAGUUGGAGCUGUUUAUAAACUGCAACAGGUAAAUGAAGCUUUUCUACAUGUGACGCAACGCAAAUCCACUGGGAAGGUCAUCAUAAACAUGAAAUGAACUGAAAGGUGAAACUGGAGACAGGUUGGAAUAGGAAAACAAAUUCUACACUCACUUUGAAUCCACAGAGCUAAUCUUGCAUAUUCCUGUAAUCUGUACUGCUCCUCUAAGGAGCUAAACUGUGGUUGAAAUUGAAAUAAAUAUUUUGUGGUUGUAAA